AUGCCUUUCGAACAACCAGUCGUCGAGCAACAAAUCCAAUCCGAAGCUCCAAUGAGCUCCGAGAACGUCGGUAUCGAGAUGCAACAACCUAAACCAGUUGCAGCCAUGGGAACCGAGACCAACCUCCGUGGAGGAGAAUCCGCCGGUUGUGAAUGCUGUGGUUGCGGAUGCGGAGAAUCAUGCUGUUAA